UUCACGAUACGUAGCGUGCAUUGCCGUACAACCGUAUACACGUCUAUCGUUUGACACUUCGAUCUUAACGCGCGCACAUCGGUAAUUGUAGAUUCGUUUAUCGAUUAUUCACUUAGUGCAAAGUAUUUCCGGUUACUGAAACCUGCUCAUUCAUCGAUAUGUCUUUCAUCGAGUUCCGGGGAUCGGUCUGUGAGAAAGCGCGCUUGUAUUCGGGGAUACUGGACACAUAGGUGUCAUAAUGUGUUCAAAGAGGAAUGUAUCUACGUCUAUGUGCCUAGAGAUGAGAUUCCUGCAUUUCUUCUGGACAUCGCGGGGUUAAAUUCUCGGCUCGACAGACAAAUAUAGUUAGACAGAUAGAUAGGUAGAUCAGUAGAUAGAGAAAGAAGGAGACAAAGAUAAAAAGUGACGGUGAAGAAAGCAGAAAAGCUUUCGACAGGGUUUUUGGAUCGAAAAUCGCGAGAAAAAGACGGCCGAUCGAUGUCUUAUUUGUGAUGGGAGUGCCUGCGCGGGGAGCACUCGCGGCGAUUGUCGCCAUAAGCGCAUUCGCCGUGUAUCUAAACAGCCUUAAUUGUGGCUUCGUUUUCGAUGACAUUUCAGCGAUAAAGGAUAAUCGCGAUCUAAGGCCUCACACACCCCUGAAAAAUGUCUUUUACAAUGAUUUCUGGGGUACUCCUAUGCACAAGGAGCAAUCGCACAAAUCAUAUAGGCCUCUGUGCGUUCUCACAUUUCGAUGGAAUUACCUGAUUCAUCAAUUGGACCCUAUGGGAUAUCAUUUACUCAAUGUUAUCCUACAUGUUGGAGUAUGCUUAUUGUAUUUCAGGACUUGUUUGAUGUUUCUGUCUGAUUCUGCAACUUUUGUGUCUUCUCUCCUGUUUGCGGUUCAUCCUAUACAUACAGAGGCAGUUACAGGAGCAGAAACAUUGUCCUCUUUAUUUUACUUAGCGGCUUUAAUCACGUACACUAAAUGCUGCAGAAGUAGAAGAUCUACAGGAUGGAAAUCUUUGAUACUAUCUAUGUCUUUUGUUUUUACUGCUAUGUUAUGCAAGGAACAAGGAAUAACAGCUACUGCAGUUUGUGUGUUGUAUGAGAUUUUUGUUGUACAAAAGGUAAGAGCAAUGGAUAUUUUCCUGACAUUACAAGCAGCUUUUGGUGGAAAAAAAAUAUCACUUGCCUGGUCCAGUGAAGGUACAAAACGACUGACAGUCCUUACACUUGUCACGUUUAGUUUACUGAUUCUUCGGCUACAUGUAAUGGGCUCAAAGUUACCUGUAUUUACCAGAUUUGACAAUCCCGCAUCAGUGGCCCCAACGCCAAUAAGGCAGCUUACCUAUAAUUACCUCGCAGCAGUUAAUCUAAGGCUGCUAUUUCUUCCAAGCGAUUUGUGCUGUGAUUGGACUAUGGGAACGAUACCAUUGGUAGAAAAUUUUACAGAUCCUCGCAAUCUUGUUACUGUAGCAACUCACACGACCAUACUAGGAUUGUUAAUAACGGCAAUUUUAACACCUAAUAGACAAACUUCUAUUGUUCUUAUAAUGAGUUUGGCUAUGAUGGUACUCCCAUUUCUACCUGCCUCAAAUCUCUUCUUCCCAGUUGGAUUUGUCAUUGCUGAAAGAGUAUUGUAUGCCCCAUCUAUGGGAUUUUGUAUGCUUAUUGGAUAUGGAUGGAACAUUUUAUGUGACAAAAAGUGCAAGAAACUAACACUAUUUUUAUUAAUUACUCUUCUGGCUGCCCACACGACGAAGACUUUCAUCAGAAAUUACGAUUGGUUGGAUGAAUACUCUAUAUUUAUGUCAGGAUUAAAAGUAAACGAUCGCAAUGCCAAAUUGUUCAAUAAUGUGGGUCAUGCCUUGGAAAGUCAAGGUCGGUUUAAAGAAGCAUUAAAUUUCUUUAAUAUGGCCGUGCAAGUUCAAGGUGACGACAUUGGGGCACACAUCAACGUGGGCAGAACUUACAAUCACUUGAAAAUGUUUAAAGAAGCUGAAGACGCAUACCUAAAGGCAAAAUCCUUAUUACCUAAAGCAAAACCCGGAGAAUCUUACCAAGCGCGGAUAGCACCGAAUCACUUGAAUGUCUUCGUAAACUUAGCAAACCUAAUAGCGAAGAAUGCAACUAGGUUAGAGGAAGCUGAUUUGCUUUAUAGACAGGCCAUUAGUAUGCGUGCCGAUUACACGCAAGCGUAUAUUAAUCGAGGCGAUGUUUUAAUUAAACUUAAUCGUACCAAAGAGGCCCAGGAAGUUUACGAACGAGCUCUUUUCUACGAUAGUAACAAUCCAGAUAUCUACUACAAUCUGGGAGUUGUAUUCCUAGAACAAGGAAAAGCAUCGCAAGCUUUAGCAUACCUGGACAAAGCUCUCGAAUUUGAUCCAGAACAUGAACAAGCGUUACUGAAUUCAGCCAUCUUGCUUCAAGAAUUGGGACGUGCUGAACUACGAAAAGUGGCUCGAGAAAGGCUUCUGAAGCUCUUACGAAAAGAUUCCAAUAACGAACGAGUACAUUUUAAUCUCGGAAUGCUGGCUAUGGACGAUCACGACAGCGGAAGCGCGGAAAGGUGGUUUCGUAAUGCAGUUGCUCUGAAGGAGGAUUUCCGAUCAGCGUUGUUUAAUCUAGCUCUUCUGCUGGCAGAUGAACAACGUCCCCUGGAAGCUGCUCCUUUUUUAAAUCAGCUAGUUAGAUUCCACCCAGACCACGUAAAAGGAUUGAUUCUUCUGGGCGAUAUCUACAUAAAUAAUAUCAAGGAUUUGGAUGCUGCUGAAAAUUGUUACCGUAGAAUACUGCAGUUAGACCCAACAAACAUUCAAGGCCUCCACAAUUUGUGUGUCGUAAUGGUAGAACGUGGUAAGUUAGGUCUGGCUGCCCAGUGUUUGGAACGUGCAGCAGCCUUGGCGCCUCAUCAGGAUUACGUGCACAGACACCUCGCCAUCGUGAAGGCUCGCAUAAGCAGACUACCACCGGAGCAACGUGACACGGAAGUGUUCGACGAUUCCUUCUGGCAAGUUGGUCCCAAAGAGAGGAGCUUCAACAUGGGAGACAUCUCUGGUAGCAACAGUGCUGGAAGUUCUAGUGGCAGAAGUGGUCCUGGAAACAUAGAAAACAGUGGUAGCCAAUUUCUAGGCAAAACGGACUCUGUCUUCUCGAAUCACCAUAAUCAUAUAGGCCAUAAGAAGAGCAGCACGGACUCGUUGAAUAACCACAUUGUGCAUCUGAAGGGUCCAACGAAACCUGCAAGAAUUCCAUUGAAUGAAGUGAAGUCAGAAGUGAAGGACACGCACAUUGAUCACGACAGGCCGUUGAAGCCGAGUGUAGCUUCAAAGGACCAGCAAGAAUUCUCGUCUGGAAGGGUUUUUGAUAAAGGCGUAACCGCGGAUGCAACGGAAUUGACAAUCGAUCGGGAACGUGCGACUAAAACGAUUAACUCGGAGAAGUUCGAUGGGGCGACGCCGGUCUUCUCGCCUGGUAGCAAGCAUGCUGAAACCACACGUCAAAAAGACACCGCACUUUCAUAGUAUUGACGUUGAAAAAACCCGCCGAAUACUGUAUAAAGUUAUAUUCUACGUAUAGCG